AUGGCGAGCGACGAUGAUUUCGACGUCGACGUUCCCGAGCUCGCAGCCGACGACCCCAUGAGGGCCUUUCUGCCUCUUUCAUUCGGCAAGCGAACCAAGGAAGCCGACGUUUCGGCCCAGAUCGAUCGCAGCAAGAGGGCGGUACCGGAACCUCCCGCUCGGCAGACGAGUCGGAAGCAGAGCGCGGGCUCGAGCAACGGCGACGGCGACGGCGACGAUGACGGCAGUGACGACAGCGACGACAGCGACGACAGCGACGACAGCGACGACGCCGACAGCUAUCCCGUAUCGCACGAGCUGGUCCUCAAAACCCACUCGCGUGCCAUUUCCACCCUCUCCCUCGACCUCCUUGGCGGCCGACUGGCGACGGGUUCGCUUGAUUGCACCGUCAACCUCCACGAUUUUGCUUCCAUGACCCCCACCACCCUGCGAGCUUUUCGCACCGUUGAUCCGUACCAAUCCAAACGGGCGACCGAGAGCGCGGAGUCGCAUCCCGUCCAUCACAUCGAGUUCAACCCGCAUGCCGGCAGCGAGCUCCUGUGCGUUUCGGCUCACCCGCAGGCCAAGAUCAUCUCCCGCGAUGGUGAGGUCUUGACCGAGUUUGUCAAGGGAGACAUGUAUCUCCGUGACAUGCACAACACAAAGGGUCACAUUUCCGAAAUCUCCACCGGGGCCUGGCACCCGACCGACAGGAACAUCUGCGUCACGGCAGGAACCGACAGCACCUUGCGCAUUUGGGACGUCAACAACAAGCGGUGCCAGAAAGAAGUCGUCGUCUUCAAGUCCAAAGCGGCAGGCUCGGCUGGCAGGACCAAGAUGACGACCGUCGCCUGGGGGGCAGCCGCCUCGGGCGGGAGCAACGUCCUCGUCGGCGCCGCCUUGGACGGGGCCCUCGUCCUCUACGCCGGCAACGGACCAUUCGCGAGACCUGCCGCCGAGGUCCGAGACGCCCACAAGCCGCAGACCUGGACCGGCGGCAUCGACAUUUCCUCCGACGGCCGCAUGGUCGUCACGAGGGGAGGCGAUGAUCUGAUCAAGCUCUGGGACACGCGCAAGUUCACGAAGCCGCUCGUCACCACGUCGCACCCCUCCACCUCGGAUCAGUUUCCGACGACCAACAUUCGGUACGCGCCCAAUUCGUCGAGCAUCAUUACCGGAUCCGCCACCGGCCACCUGCACAUCCUGAACCCAGGCAAUCUUCGAUCCGAGCACGUGACGCCCAUCACGCCGGGUUCGGCCCUCAUCACCGUGGCCUGGCACCCCAAGAUGAACCAGAUCAUCACCGGCUCCGCCAACGCCGAGACGCACGUCCUCUACAGCCCGACCCUGUCGACGCGAGGAGCGGUCGAUGUCAUGUCGCGAGCGCCGAAGAAGCGACACAUCGACGACAACCCCGAGUUCACCAUGGACCAGUCCCUCGGCAUGUCCGGAGACGCCAUUUUCGCGCCCGGAGCGACGACUGGCUCGAGAAAGGCCGGUGUCACCGGCACAGGCAGGUCCAAGGACCCGAGGCGACCCCAUAUGCCGCAGCAGACGCCUUUCCAAAAGAGCCAGCCGGACGAGAAGCGCGUUGCGGAGAACAUCCCUCUCGCCCGCAUGCUGCACGAGGACCCGCGAGAGGCGCUCCUCAAGUACGCGUCCCAGGCCCAAAGCGAUCCCGUCUUCACCAAGGCCUGGAGCAAGACGCAGCCGGAGACGCAGUACGCCGAGCUGAGCGACGACGACGAGCCGGACAAGAAAAAGACAAAAAGGUGA